AUGAGUGACAGUAGUACUGAUCCUGUCCCCGAUCAAGGCGCCUACUUCACCAUCGGUUGCUCGGUGGUGACCACCUUUGCAAUCACUCUCGUGAUCUUCCGACUCUCUUCGACAUUUUCGCGAAAUGCUAUCGGCACGGAGGAUGUGGUGGCCGGGUGUUCGGCAUACUUCUGGCUGUUCCAAAUCUUCUACAAAUUCACCCUCUUCCUGAACAAACUGGCCUUCCUCGCCCUCUACUUGCGCCUGUUCCCGACGCCGAGAUUCCGCAUCGUCACCAUCGCCACCAUCGCCGUCGUGUCGGCCGGCACCUGCAGCUUCGUCAUCUCCACCGUCUUCCAGUGCAUCCCCGUGGAGGCGUACUGGGAUCACUCGCUGGGGGGCACCUGCGUCAACAACAAGGCCGUGCGCUGGAGCUGGGCGGCGUUCAACACCCUGCUGGACGUCUGGGUCUGUCUGAUGCCGCUGCCAGUCAUCCACCGGCUGCAGAUGAGCCCGCUGAAGAAGGCAGGCGUCAUGGUGCUGUUCGGGCUGGGCCUGUUCGUCUGCGUCGCGAGCGGCAUCCGCAUGGUGGCACUGGAAGACAGCACAACGACCAAGGACCGCACCUGGGGGUCGUUCUCGACGCUGGCCUGGAGCUCGAUCGAGGCCAGCGUCGGCCUCAUUUGCACCUGCAUCCCGUAUCUGCGACAGCCUCUGCGGCGACUGUUUCCGCGGGCACGGCUGCUCUUCUCGUACGGCCAGGGCAGAUCUACGGCCAGUCAGCAGCAGCAGCAGCAGCAGCAGCAGGGAGUCGGAAAACAAGGAGGAUACAAUCUCGUCUGGAUGAAAUCUUCCCGAUCGCACCCGUUUCGGGGAAAGACGUUUCAGCGCAGCAGAGGCUCGGAUCAAACUGAGAGUCAGCAAAAUAUCACGCGGCCGGACAGUCCGGUCAAGGUGGAGGUCUGUCACAGAGAGGAUGGCGAGGAGGAGGAUUGA